UGACCUUCUCCUUACGGGCAUCGUCCCUGUAUCACGACCUAAUGUGAUGCUUCUCUUAUCAACUAAUCGCAGCAUCCUUCUAAUGCCACUGCUGAGCUUUUUCUCAAGAUGGAAAAUCAUAAACAAGCACAACCGUAUGAACUCUUAGUUGACCUAUUCCUGUCAGAAGAGAGUUUGGACGUCACAACCACCCACGACUCCUCCAUCAUCAACAUUAAGGAGGUAGUGAAACAAAGUCCCAGGCUAAAGCGAUUUGCUGGGCAUGCAGCUGAGUUUGUUAAGCCUGUAUUCAUCGACAAGGGCCAGCAAGGGUUUGUUUUUCGGGUUGAACACAACAAGCGAGAUCUCUGCUUGAAGUUGUUCUAUGACUACCACGCACCCUACACCGUCCAAGAAAAAACGUUGGCCUUCAUCUGCCCGUUUGCAUGUGAAUCACGUGCCUUUGCGCGUCUAUGCGAUUUACACGAAAAUGGUCACUGGGCAGUCCAGUGCCACGGAUGGAUGUAUCUGACUGAUUCUCAACUCCAGCAGCUUCGAAGAGUAAGUGGAAGGGACAGGCACGACCCGGGCUGGAAUAAUGCCCGCUGGGCUAUUGUCAAAGACUUCAUCGCUGAGGAGCCACUAAGCCGACAAGAUGAAGGGUUCCAGCAAAUCAUUUCAAAUUUUGUCAUUCCGAGACGCGGUUAUAUUAUGCCCCAGGAUGUCAAGAAAGAUAAAUAUAGAGGUACAUUAAUCGUAGAUCUGGGGUCUACUUUCACCUUUCCAUUUUAUCGGUCUUAUGCAAGCCUGUACGAGUUCAAUGCCAUCUACAGGAGCAUAGAUGAAUAUGGGGUACCUGAAUGGGAUGGAUGCCAUUGAAGGCCCCAGACAUCGCGGAAAACACAACAGGAUGUAGAUGCACAGACGACAAGAAUUUGCGCACGGAAAUGCCUAAAUAUGAACGAGUGUGGCACACUGCUCACUAGUUGUCUGCGAGCUACCAUCCUCUAUUUCCAUAGCCCCAAGACCUACGUUCUUGCCCUGCGUUUAUAGCUUCAGAAUGAAGGUCAACUUCAACUCGCCAAACUGCUUGAGCAAACAGAUCUUAGUUAUAGACGGCUUUAUCAU